UUUUUUUUCCUUUUUUAUUUUUUUUUUUUUUUUUGAAAUAAAAAUUGAGUCACCUCGUAUUGCGAGAAGAUGGGGAGGAAAAAGAUCCAGAUCCAGAGGAUUACGGAUGAAAGGAACCGGCAGGUGACGUUUACCAAGCGGAAGUUUGGGCUGAUGAAGAAGGCCUACGAGCUGAGCGUCCUGUGCGACUGCGAGAUCGCCCUCAUCAUCUUCAACCACUCCAACAAGCUCUUCCAGUACGCCAGCACAGACAUGGACAAGGUGCUGCUGAAGUACACCGAGUACAACGAGCCCCACGAGAGCCGGACCAACGCGGACAUCAUCGAGACCUUGCGAAAGAAAGGGUUCAAUGGUUGCGAGAGUCCAGAGCCCGACGGGGAAGACUCCGUUGACCAGAGCCCUCUGACCGAGGACAAAUACCGCAAAGCCAGUGAGGACCUGGACAACUUCUUCAAGCGCUACGGCUCCUCCGUUCCUGCUCCCAACUUCGCCAUGCCGGUGACGGUGCCAGUGACCAACCAGAGCGCCCUGCCGUUCAGCAACCCCGGGGGCUCCCUGGUGACCCCAUCGCUGGUGACUUCCUCCUUGACCGACCCCCGGUUGCUGUCCCCGCAGCAGCCGGCCCUCCAGCGCAACACCGUCUCCCCGGCUCUNNUGCAGGGUCCCGGGAAGCGGGGGGCUCUGCUGGCGGGAGACAGCCCCGCGCCCCCCAACACCGCAAGCUCCUGGAACGGCGCUCUGUGCUCCCCUGCAGGCAACGGCUACGGCAGCGCCAGGGCCUCGCCGAACCUCCUCCCCGUCUCCAAUGGAAGCAGCCUAGGCAAGGCCGUCCCGGCGAAGUCGCCCCCGCCGCCUCCCCAGCACAGCAGCCCCAUGGUCAGCAACCUCCGCAAGCCGGACCUCCGGGUCAUCACCUCCCAGGGCGGGAAAGGCCUCAUGCAGCACCUGACGGACGAUCAGUUGGACCUGCAGAACACCCAAAGACUCCUGGUGUCUCAAGCCACACAUUCUUUGACCACGCCGGUCGUUUCAGUGGCCACGCCCAGCCUGCUGACCCAGGGGCUGCCCUUCUCAGCGAUGCCCACGGCAUACAACACAGACUACCAGCUGAGCAGUGCGGAGCUCUCCUCCCUCCCGGCGUUCAGCUCGCCCACCAACCUGUCUCUGGGCAGCCUCUCCGCCUGGCAGCCGCAGCCACAACAGCUGCAGCCGGCGCAGCAGAUCCCGGUCUCCCUCAGCAACCUCAUACAAGGAAGCCACCUGCCGCACGCCGCCACCGCCGCCUCCCUCUCGGCCGCCACCCUGACCGUCAACACCAGUCCCAGCAUCAGCAUCAAGUCGGAGCCCGUCUCGCCCAGCCGGGAGCGCAGCAGUGGCACCCCGCUCUCCUCCUCCUUCCCGCACCAGGCCCGCCACGAGCCCAGCGGACGCUCGCCCGUGGACAGUCUCAGCAGCAACGCCAGCUCCUACGAGGGGCCCCCCGAGCGGGAGGACCCCUCCCGGCCCGACUUCGGCUCCUCCCUCGGGCUCCUGAGACCCGGCGCCGAGGCCGAGGGGGAGAACGCCUCCACCAAACGCAUGCGCCUGGACGCCUGGGCCACGUAACUGCCCCCCACGUGGGCCCCCCCCUUUCCCGCAGGGGGCUCUCGGCUCCCCCACACACACAGCUGGGU